AUGGCACACCAAGCACAUAACAUCCCAUGGAGUCUUCUGGCCUCAAACUUCCACUGGAGCACGACCUCCCGUCGUACCCAUAGAGUCACAAAUCUGUACCCCAAUAUGAAACCGAAUCAAGGGAAAGAAAUCACUCAUUUCAUCGAAGCCUUUAUUCGCAACAUCGAUGACCAUUCGGUAUGUGAGCGCAAGAAAUAUCCCGCAACAUACGAACCAGCCGAUCCAACAGAUAUCAUCCUGGGCCCAGAAAUUGUUCAAAAAAUAAGCCCUACCGUCCGCAGAUGGCGUAGCUACGGCUGCAGAGGUAAAUGCCCCAGUGGCAUUUGCGAAGUAGCGAAGUCCACAGAUGUGUGCCGAUGCACACCCAUCCCAGACGAAGAGAAAAAGGCGUCUGCCUUCCUUCGACCGUUCGGCCCGAGAGAUUGCUACAAGUUCUUCGAGCUCAACGGUGAAGCCUUCUACAACCUCGAAGUGGUGAAAACUUUACUUUUGUACGGGGAGAUGGACACCAUUCUGCGCGUGUGUGCUCUUCCUGGAGUCAAUCUGGAGAAGUGGUGGUGUGAAAGAGAAUGCAUGUGUGAGACCCCGGAGCUCGGAUGGGACCAAGUCUGUAUCAAGGCCCUCAGGGCCUACAUAUGCCUGAACAUGGUAUACUGUUUCCCAAAGACAUGGGACGAAGCGUCCGGCAAAACCCCCGAAACAGACUAUCGCAACAGCAAGUUCUACCAGUAUACACUGAGAACAUGCACGGGCACGGGACACGCAUCAGACGUGAGCACGUAUCCGCAUCGGCAAUUCUUCGGGAUAGCCGACACCCAAUUCGGAGGCGAAUACUGUUAUGCCAGUGUCAAAGAUACACACUGGCUACGAUGGAUCGACGAUGAUUCUAUGCGAACUAUCGGAUAUCCUCCUCGCUCUGGCCAUUACGGGAGGGUGCCCAUCGAGGAAUUCCUCACUUUGGAGAAUGAAACGUUACCGGGUCAUCAGCCUGGUGUGUCUGACACGGCGCUUGUUCGGGGCAUCUUAUAUGAGAAAGGCCUACCGGCUGAGCUGGUGUUGGACAUCAUAGAGCUUGCAGGGUAUGAGCCUGUGCGACGGUUGAAUGAGCCGCAUGAUCCCUUCCAUCCAUCGAACCGCAAAGAACUGGCUCAGUACCUCACAUACUGCUGGCGACUACUAGUUCAUUGCGACAUGAUAGGCAAGGCUCUUGGGAUGAAAGUUCCAUGGCAAGAACUUCUCGGCAAGUGUAUCGUUUCUUUCUGGGCCAAUGACCGUCAUGGGCUUGGGACCUUCUUUUGGAAUACGCUAUACCUAGACGAAUACGAUGUUCCAACGCCGCUCAAAGUAUUUGUCAAACCUGAGUCCGACAGUUUGAGUUCAUGA